GAAUGUGGUAAAGUGCUUCAAUCAAAAUACAAUUUAAUUAGACAUAAAGUGCUCGUUCAUUCAUAUCCAGAUAAAAGUCAUACUUAUUUUAACUGUUUUUGGCCUAAAUGUCAAUUCAAAACAACAACCGAAUCAAUGCUAAUAACACAUCAAUUAAAACAUUCAGACAUAAAACAAUUUAAGUGUGAUUUUAAUAAUUGUAAUAAAUUAUACAAAUAUAAGCAUCAUUUAGAUAGACAUCAAAAUAGCACUCAUUAUUAUAAGAAAUAUGUUUGCGAUUUCAAUGAGUGCUAUAAAACAUUUACAGAAAAUAAAAGCUUAAUUCGACACAAAAAUAGGGUUCACUUGAAUGAAAGAAAAUUCAAAUGCAAUGAAGAAAAGUGUGACAAAAUAUUUAAGUCAAAGCAAACUCUUUUACGGCACAAAAGCUGUCAUUUGGGAGAAAAGAUAUUUGAGUGUCAUUUCAAAGGUUGUAUAGAAAGCUUCAAAUAUCGUUCACAACUAUCUAAACACAGCAAUAAUGUUCAUAACAUAGACAUACCAUUUGUGUGCGGUUUCAGUGAAUGUGAUAAAGUGUAUAAAUCUAAAUACAAUUUACUUAGACAUAAAUUCACUGUCCAUUCAUACCUGGAUAAAAAUAAUGUCUAUUUUCAAUGUUUUUGGCCUAAAUGUCAAUUCAAAGCUAUAACCAAAUCGAUGCUAAAAACACAUCAAUUAAAUCAUUCGGCGAUAAAACAAUUUAAAUGUGAUUUUGAUAAUUGCAAUAAAAAAUAUGUUUGCAAUUUAAAUGAUUGCUAUAAAACUUUUACAGAAAAUAAAAGCUUAAUUCGACACAAAAAUAGUGUUCAUUUGAAUGAAAGAAAAUUCAAAUGCGAUGAACAAAAUUGUGACAAAAUAUUUAAGUCAAAGCAACAUCUUUUACAUCACAGACGGUGUCAUUCGGGAGAAAAGCCAUUUCACUGUCAUUUCAAUGGUUGUAAUAAAAGUUUUGCUUACAAACAACAUUUAAAAGUUCAUAAGAAUAGACAUUUGGAUAUAAAAAACCAUAAAUGCUAUUACGAUAACUGUAGUCAACAGUUUGUUACACGUAGCGAAUUAAAGCGCCAUAUAAUGCGUGUACAUGCCAUUGAGUCGUUGUCUGUUUUGGCCGACGAUUUCAAAUGUGGUAUUUGUCUACAAGUGUUGGACAACACAUUAGUCACUCGAUGUGAACAUACCUUCUGUCACGAGUGUCUCAAUCAAUGGCUCUCAAGACCGCAGACCACCAAAGAGUGUCCCGAAUGUCAAUACCUGUUGACCACAAGAAAGCGUUCACUAAAUCAUACAAAUGAGGUCGUAAUCAAAGGCAAUGUUUUUGUGGAUAGAAAUCCUCGCAUUGAUAAAAUCAUCGGUAAAUUUAGGAUUAGAUGUGAUUAUGAGUGGAACGGAUGUCCAGAAGUGUGUCCAUUAAAGUCAUUACCCACUCAUCUCAAGACAUGUCAAUACAGAUUAUGCCAAACAUGUGGUCUAAGUAUGGGUCCGAUAACUGAUGACCACAACUGUAUUGAAGGCCUUAAGACAGACCGAAAUGAAUGGCAAAUGAAAUGCAAUGAAUGGAUAGAAAAGGACAAAGAAUUUGAUAUAAAAACUAAAGAAAUGGAAACAAAAAUCAAAGAAUUGGAGACAAAACUAAAGGAAUCUGAAGAAAGAGCACUAAAUCUGGAGUCGAAAUGCAAACAAACUGAUGGUUUCAGCAAAGAUUUGAAGACAAAACUUGAGAAAAGUGAAGAAAAGUCACGAUAUUUAGAAAUGAUAUACAAACAAACGGAUGAUUUGUAUACAAAAUUAAUUCAGAAAUAUAAGGAUUUGGAGACAAAACUUAAGAAAAGUGAAGAAAAGUCACGGGAUUUAGAAGUGAAAUACAAACAAACGGAUGGUUUGCACAAAGAAUUGGUUCAGAAAUAUAAGGAAUUGGAAACUUCAGCGAAAACAUCAAAAGUUGUGGCAAAACAAGAGAUUCCUUUUGCAGUGAUUCCCAAAAGUUUAUUCUUUGGUAAAUACGAGCCAAAUGUCGGUUCCAUUGAAUUCCAGAAAUACGGUAUUGUUUUCAAUAGUGUUGUGACAAUCAAUAUGAAGAAAGAAAGUGUGACCAGAAUUUGUUUGACGUAUACUGACAUCCAAUGUCUGUACGCUUGUGUCGAGGCCUCACCACCGAUGAUAUGCAUUAAACCAAACAAUAAUCACCUUCGAUUGCAAUUCAGAAGAUGCCAGCGAAAGCUCUUAGGCCCACACACCGCACAACUUAUGCUAAAGAAGGCCAUGAAAGCCAUCAAU